AUGGAGUUGGAGUUGCCUGAUCGUUUAUACGGUGAGGGAUUGGAACCUCAGGUUAAGAAGAUUAAUAACAGCUGCCGACUAAAACUUCUCGAGUUCCUGAAAGAAAAAAUGGAGCCCGAAUUCGAUGAAGUUAUGAAAGAUCCCAUUUUUUCACAGAUUAUGGUUAUCCAGAAGAAUGAUCUAAAGUUUUCGGCGAGGUUGGUACACUCUUUCUUGUGUAAGGAGUUGAUGACAAGCAAGAGACAUGAGAAGUGGUUCACUUUCGCUAGGAGACCUCUGCAUUUUGGAUUGCAAGAGUAUCAUGCUGUCACUGGUCUGAAAGUGAAGCGAGAGAAUAACAGUGGGUUAGUGACAUGGAAAGAUGAUGAUGGUUUUUGGAGCAAGCAGAUAAAGACAAAUGGAAAAAUAAAUUUGCAGAUCAUAAAAAAGAAGCAUUUGUAA